CGCGUAAAACCUUCGAUAAGUUCAGUCAAUAUUUCACGUUAGGGCAGCGUUUAACGUAAUAAACGUAGCGAAACUCGGUUCGUAGAUGUCAUGCUAAAUUUACGCUUGCGCAUAGCAAGAAUUAUUUCAGUUAUCUUUCUGUCAACGUAACUCCUGACUUGCCCUCUCUCCUACGCAGUUACAUUAAACACAGUCAUAUUUAUCCGAGAAGAAAUUUUGGAAACGUGAGCGAGAUGUUGCGCGUCAUAUGCAUCACAUUUAUGUUCGCCAUCUUCGGAUCGGUAUUCGGACAGAAUCAGUACAACAGAAUAUCGGUCAAGGUUCCUGUGCCUAUUCCAAUGAAUGAACAAGGUUUUCCAUUGUCAAAUGCAAUAAGAUGUCAUAUCACUGCAAAUCUCCACAAUGGCUCCACUUGGAGUGAAUGUGACGAGACCGCUUGGGGACUUACGCGCAAUUGCCCCAACGAUCGCGGAGAAGCACUGUGCGUUUCCUCGGUGGACAUGGUGAAGCACACCAUUGCCAAGGGCUGCAUGACUAGAGACGCCCUUGGAGUCCUGGAACUGAUCAGCCCAUCGCAGGCGGAUGUUUGCAGGGUUUCCAAGAAAUACCCAACGCAGUUGUACUGCACAUGUGCUGAGGACAAUUGCAACUCAGAGAUGCUGCUGAUGGAGAGACAAUGCUACCAUUGUCGUGAUUGUGGGAUGGAGCAGGAGAGGUCUAUUGUGUUCGGGAAACUGACUACUCAAAAGGAGGACAAAUUAACCGAUACUGUGAAGCGGUUGAUGAACAGCCAGAAAUGGGAUGCUUUUAUCAAGGCUCCAGGCUGCAACCGUCAAAUAGAAUAUGUCGACAAACGUCACUGCCUUCUGUCAACCAUCCCCGACGAAAUUCUUCGAUAUCCUCGAAGUCUAGAAGAACUGUUACUUGACGCCAACAAAAUUCGCGAUUUGCCGAAAGGGCUGUUCCGUUUGGCGAAGCUUCGUCGGCUCAGUUUAAGUGACAAUGAAAUCCAACGGAUUCCAUCAGAUAUACUUAAUUUUGUUAAUCUUGUCGAGCUGGAUAUGUCGAGAAAUGACAUUCCGGAUAUCCCGGACCAAAUCAAGCACCUCACAUCUCUGCAAGUGGCAGAUUUCUCCUCGAAUCCGAUCCAGAAAUUGCCGAGUGGUUUUGUACAAUUGAAAUCUUUGACGACUUUGGGUUUGAACGACAUGUCUUUGACAUACCUUCCUCCUGAUUUUGGUAAUCUUUCGAACCUCGAGUCAUUGGAACUCCGUGAGAAUCUGCUCCGAACUUUGCCCGAAAGCCUUUCACAAUUGACUAGAUUGCAGCGCCUUGACAUAGGAGACAACGAGAUCGAUGAACUGCCGGUAGCCAUUGGUGAUCUGCCAUCAUUGCAAGAACUGUGGUUGGAUCAUAAUCAACUAACAACUUUACCGAAGAGCAUCGGAAAUCUGAAGAAGUUGAUGUGCCUCGAUGUGAGUGAAAACCACUUGGACGAGCUUCCGGAGGAGAUUUCAGGCUUAGUUGCCUUGACGGAUUUACAUUUGAGUCGAAAUUACCUAGAACGAUUGCCGGAUGGUAUCGGUGCUUUGAGCAAGCUCACCAUUUUUAAAGUCGAUCAGAACCAUCUUUUGCGUCUGAAUCCAGCUAUCGGCAAAUGUGCGAGUUUGCAAGAAAUCGUUUUAACUGAAAACCGGCUUGUGGAUUUGCCGCGUUCGCUUGGCAACUGCGUGGAAAUGACGAACUUGAACGUUGAUCGUAAUGCGCUUAGUGCCGUUCCUUCGGAAAUUGGAAGACUGACGAAAUUGGGCGUUCUUUCGAUGAGAGAUAAUCGUCUGGAAGCUUUGCCGGCUGAGAUUGGAGACUGCGUCAGUCUGGCUGUGUUGGACGUCUCUGGGAACCGUUUGAAAAAUUUGCCAAUUACUUUGACUAAGUUGAGUUUAAAGGCUAUCUGGCUUUCUGAGAAUCAGUCGCAGUCGUUGCUCAAGUUCCAGGCAGAAGUUGACGAAGAAACCGGGGAACAAGUACUCACGUGUUACAUGCUGCCCCAGCUUUUCCACGGCGAUGAAACAAUAUGCUCAGGUCGCCUGUACCGGGCCAACGGCGAGGUCUGUGUGACCGACAACGGCAUCGUAUCAUUCGACUCUGAACCGACGCGUCGCAGCUCGAGCUUCGACAACAGCAAGCACGUGUCUAGCGACGACGACGACGCUGAAAAAUCCCCGGUGCAGCGGGAAGUGUCGCGCUCCUCCGUCGUCAAGUUCGACGCGGAAGACAACGAAAACGACAAGGAAACGCACUUCGUCCGCCACAAUACCCCGCAUCCGCGGGAAUUGAAAACCAAAGCUGCCAAGCUUCUCGCCAAGAAGGGCGAGAUGGUGAAGGCCGUCAACGCGAAAGACCGACCCCGCGACGAAGACGUCGUCGUCGAGGAAGAAGAAGAAGGAGGGGUAGAACAAGAAGGAGAAGAGGACGACGUAGGACAGCGUCGUGUCGUCGCCGAUGGUUUAUUAACGUCGGAAAAUCGUGAAAUUUACGAGUUGGAGGGAAAUGAAACUGCUUUAUUGGACGAGUCACUGCCUGCUUUCGAAGCUGUUCCUGCGCACCGUGAAGAAGUUGACUCUCGCGUCUCUGUUGAUGCACCCACCGAAGAAACCAAAGAAGUCCCUGUUGAUUCGGAGCUUUCGUUUGAUUCAGCAGCUAGUAGUUACGCGGAACGUCACGUGGGAUUCGCUCUGGAAGGACGUGAAGAAGAUGAGGAAGACGAUGAUGCGGAAUGCUAUGACGAUGAUGGGAAGCGGCCGCAACGAUUGCAUCGUCGUGAUACGCCGCAUCACCUGAAAAACAAACGCAUCAACCUGAACAAGGUCGAUGAGGAAAAGGCUGCUGAUUUGAUUGCUCAGGCCCCAACACGACUGAGUUCGGAAGUUUGGAACACUGCGAUUGGAAGCGAGGGAGACGAGAAGAAUAACUUCCACGCUCGGUCGGUUGUUUGA